UAAUUUAUUUGUUUAUUUUAAUCAUCCGACGACGAUAACACACAUUCUUUCCCUUCUUCUUAUUCUCAUUCUUUCUUCCAUUUAAUCUCUUUUCUUAUUCUUCUCCUUCUUCUUCUUCUCCUUCUUCUUCUUCUUCUUCAUCGAGAUGAAAUCUCCCGAUAUGGCGGCGGUUACUGAUUCUCUUGAGCAAUCUUUCCGUAACUUCUCCCUCAACCACCGUCUAUCCUCCGCCGCCCCCUCCUCCGCCGGAGUGCGGAGAUCACCGUCUUCAUUUUCUUCCUCUUCCUCCUCUUCCGAUGACGAACCUCAUCUUCCUCUUCAUCAACAUAAUCGCUUCGACACAAUCUUGGAGCUCAACUCUCACAUCUCCCUCCCUCCCUUCUGGGAGCAAUGUCUCGAUUUGAAGACAGGGGAAGUUUACUAUAGAAACUGCCGAACCGGAAUGAAGGUAAAAGAAGAUCCGAGGACAGCGGUAGCACACAGCCGAGAUUUAUAUUUGGAAGACGACGACGGAGAGGACGGUGAUGAAAGUUCUUCAGACGGUGGAAGUGAGGAGUCGUGUUCUUCAUCGUCGUACGGUGGUAGUAGACAGCAAUAUCCAGCGGAAAACGUGGAGGACGUACUGGUGGUGGCUGGAUGCAAGAGAUGCUUCAUGUAUUUCAUGGUACCGAAACAGGUUGAAGAUUGUCCCAAAUGCAGCAGCAGUCGUCUUGUUCAUUUCGAUCGCUCCGACGAGAGUAAUGGGUUCCCAUGAACCACUUUAUUUAUUAUUUUUGAGAAAACAAGAAAUCAAAAUCAAACUGUAUUUGGGUUAAAUUGAUCUGACAAAAUCAUUGAUUCUUUUUCUUUGGAUUAAUUUGGUGAUUAGCAAAAGGCUAAAUGGGGAUUUAAAUUUCUUUAAUUAGCUCUA